CCCAUAUCCUUCCAGUACUAAUUCAAUAACUACGUACAUAUGUAGUUGGCUGUGGUGUGUGUCCUUGUUGAAGCUUUUCACGAGCACACAAGCGUUGCUGACUAAAACCAAUUCACUACUGUAACUGGUGGCGAGUAGAGUUGGGUGGAGUGCAACAAUGCGGUGGCAGCAGAGACGUCAGCAGCAACAAUGUUGGCAGCAUCCUCAGCGCGCACCUGUAUGAAUCCGGUAUUUAAGGAAGCUGCCACCAGAGCAACGGCUCAGUUAACGCGCGGCGUUUGAAUUUGCAGGAUCGCGGUGAUACCAACGGAAAAGUGGAAAUGAAUUUAAAUUUGAAUUUGAAUUCAAAGUGAAGUAAAAGUGAUUAUAAGCCAACAACAACAACAUACAUAAGUAAUUGCAAUUAUAUUGUGAGAGAAAGAAUAGAGCACAUUGAAAGAGAGCAUACAAAUGAGUGCAAGUAGGUGAUACUUUAGCUGUGUGUGAGUGAAGCACGAAGAAAAACGGCCUCGACAACUGAUCCUGGCAGUGCUAAUUAAGUGAGCUGCGUUGUUUUUUUUUGGGUAUUUUAUUUUUGAAGGUCGCCGUGUUUGUGUACGUUUUCCUACAAAUCAAGUGCAUGUAAACGUGUAUUUUUGUUACAAAUUCCUUUCGUGUGCACUUAAUGUGAAAAGCAUGUCCGACAGCACAACAACCAACGCGCAUUAAGCCGCAACAAUAAAGGAAACAAAUGCUUAUUAUUGUAAUUAAAUGUAAACUUUUGAAAAUUCAACCAACGAAAGUUCAUUUAAUUGUGUUUAUUUUUCUGCCAUUUAAUCAGCGAUUCGGACAUUUAAUUAGGUGGCCAAUAUUAAUUGCACACAUGUGGUGUAAAUGUGGCUUUGAAGUAUUUAAUGAUUCUAAAUAAUGAAAAUUUAAAAUGUGUCAAACUAUGUUGUUGGCUAAAAAACAUUAGAACAAGAAAAGUGCGUGCACUGCUUUGUAAGCGGAUGCGUAUGAGCAACAUUUAUUACCAAAGCAAAUAAGCAGUCACGUAUACGCCGUGUAGUGCACUUAAUAAACAAGUUUCACAACCAGAUUGCAAUUCCAAACCUACAACGAUGCAAAUAAUUAAAAUAAAUAAAAGACCUACACAAAAUAAAUAAAUAAAAUAAAGCUGAGCAAUUAAGUGACAAAGCGUGGGCCAAACUGUGUGACUACGGUGGCUAAGUGAGUGGCGCGUUUCGUCGGCGUUUCGGCAAAAUGUCGCACUUUAGUGCGAUAUUCGAAAAUUUGCGAUUGGUGGCUGCCAAGCGUAUGCCAAGUACGCCAACGCACCAGCAAAAACAGCAGCAACAACAAAUACUACAACAACAACAGCAACAGCAACACACAGCUUGCAAUAGCAAUGCAAUAGCAAACAACGAAAUCCAAACGAAUCAUCACUCGUCGCCGCCAACACCGGAAAAACGCAACGAAUUGGAAAAUGGCAAACGGUCACAAAUACACAUUAAAGAGCCGCAAGAACAAAUGCAACAGCAUGCAGCUGUAACACCCAUGGUGCCAGGUGGCAGCAACAGCGUCAACAACACACCCAAUCGACAGCAUUACGCAAAGAGGCAGAGUAUUUCGGGGCGCGGCACAGAUAUCGCUAAAAAUUCGCCAAUUCUUGUUGGGCGCAACUCAGUGGUGGGCGGCGGUGGAGGUGGUGCGGGCGUAAUUGCGGAAGGUGGCGGCGGCGGCGGCGGCGGCGGCAGCAGCAGCAGCGGUAAGGCACGUGAGCUCUCGCCCACACCGAAGAAUCAGGGACAGCGUAAAAUGUCGCAGGAUUUUCGAGCGCGUGCCGGCAGUUUUAUACACGUGGACGAGGAGGGGCGCAGCAUACUUAUACGCAAGCCGGUAAGACUGAAGAAUAUCGAGGGCAGGCCAGAGGUUUAUGAUACGUUGCAUUGCAAGGCUAAGGAGUCAUUAUCCUGUUCGAAGGUGACAUGCAUGAGCAGCGUUAUGGCGCUUGGGACGGCGCCAGUAGAAGCGCGCAAACCCGAUGUGGUAUUGGAACAUGCCAAGGAUUUUUUGGACCAAUAUUUCACAUCGAUAAAGAGGGCUUCAAGUGUGGCUCAUGAAACGCGCUGGAAACAGGUGCGCCAGAGUAUCGAAUCCAAUGGCUCUUAUCAACUUACCGAAACAGAAUUGAUUUAUGGCGCGAAAUUGGCCUGGCGCAACUCAUCGCGAUGCAUUGGCCGCAUACAAUGGUCUAAAUUGCAGGUAUUCGAUUGCCGUUAUGUCACCACAACGAGCGGCAUGUUCGAAGCCAUUUGCAAUCACAUUAAAUAUGCAACUAACAAAGGAAAUCUCAGAUCGGCAAUUACGAUAUUUCCGCAGCGCACAGAUGGACGUCACGAUUAUCGCAUUUGGAAUAGUCAACUCAUCUCCUAUGCUGGAUAUAAGCAGCCGGAUGGUAAAAUUAUUGGGGAUCCUAUGAAUGCUGAGUUUACUGAGGUUUGCCUCAAAUUGGGCUGGAAGGGCAAGGGCACAGAAUGGGAUAUAUUGCCGUUGGUUGUGUCAGCGAAUGGUCAUGAUCCGGACUAUUUUGAUUAUCCACCAGAAUUAAUAUUGGAAGUACCCUUAAGUCAUCCAAAAUUCGAGUGGUUUGUGGUUUUGGGUCUCCGCUGGUAUGCCGUGCCCGCAGUCUCAUCGAUGCUCUUCGACGUUGGUGGCCUCCAGUUCACAGCGACUACAUUCAGCGGUUGGUAUAUGUCAACGGAAAUUGGUUGUCGGAAUUUGUGUGACACAAAUCGACGCAAUAUGUUAGAGACAAUUGCGUUGAAGAUGAAUCUGGAUACACGCACACCCACCUCCUUGUGGAAGGAUAAGGCUGUGGUUGAGGCAAAUAUAGCAGUGUUGCAUUCAUAUCAGAGCCAUAACAUUACAAUUGUGGAUCAUCAUACGGCCAGUGAGAGUUUUAUGAAACACUUUGAGAAUGAAUCAAAAUUACGUUGCAGGGCUGUGAAAUUUACAUCGAAAUUAUUUGGACGCGCAUUGUCAAAACGCAUCAAGGCAACUGUUUUAUAUGCAACCGAAACGGGCAAAUCCGAACAGUAUGCAAAACAGUUGUGCGAGCUAUUGGGACAUGCAUUCAAUGCACAGACCUACUGCAUGUCAGACUACGACAUAUCAUCAAUUGAGCACGAGGCUUUACUUAUUGUGGUAGCAUCAACAUUCGGAAAUGGUGAUCCACCAGAGAAUGGAGAGCUUUUCUCGCAAGAACUCUACGCAAUGCGUGUGCAGGAGACCAGUGGUGAUGGUCAGGAUUCCAGUAUCGGUGUCAGCUCAUCAAAAUCGUUCAUGAAGGCGAGCUCUCGCCAGGAUUUAAUUAAGUUGCCAUUGCAGCAAGUGAAGAAAAUCGACCGCUGGGAUUCGUUGCGUGGCUCUACGUCAGAUACUUUUACAGAGGAGAAUUUCGGACCAUUGUCGAAUGUAAGAACAGUUGUAAAAUGA